AUGAGUUCCUUGUACAUUUUCUUCGCCUUCCUCCUGACUUUUGCACAGUGGUCCAAGGCAAGCAGCGAAUUUGAACAUGAGGAACACGGAAAUGGACAUGAAUUUCCUGUAACACAUUUCCGUGCAGUAGCAGCAGCAGCUCCUAUGUUCUAUGGAUACGGAUACGGAUACCCAUACGGCUAUGGACUUGUCCCAUUCAAGAACCGUAAGAAGGCCGCCCAUAAGAAGAAGAGCUCGCACAGAGUCUAG